UAGAAAAGAGGCCGGUUGUCCCAAACACCAAGUCAUUGCAUUGAUGGGAACGUUAGGGGGCAGUUUUUGAGAUGCUGCCAUAAAUUUGGAAAAUAAUCUCGUUGGUCGCUGCACAAACACAGAACUCAUCAUGGGUCAGCUGUUCUCAUCAGAGGAGGAACUUUCUCAAGCGAAGGAUGCGAUUGGUUCCCUCCUCUACGACGCCAUGUUGGAAGGUGGCGCCGUACCUGACCUCGGGGUCGUCCAUCCCGUCCUUCUGACCAAUCAGACGGAGAGCGCCGCCUCCCAGGCCUCCCUCCAGGAACAACUGCAGCAGUUGCAGGGCAACAUCGGGAACAGGGCGCCCACCUACCUGAGGGACCUGAUUGGCCGACUGUCGAGCUUCUCGGACGAGCCUCGGCUGGCCGGCCUGGUGGGGCUCGUGGUUACCAUGGUGAUGGACAUGGCCUACACAUCAUCGAAACAGUCAUCGGGUGUGAAGGGGAAGUCAGCGGGGUCAUCGUCGAGCCAGCAGAGAGUCUGGGAGCUUCAGGAGGUGAUGGAGGAAUACCUGAAGCGCUGCAGGAUCAGCCUGAGUGACAAAGACAAGCUGAUUCAGGACUCGGUCAGACUGGAGACCCAGCUCAGCCUCCUCCUCACCCAGCUGAAGACCUGUCUGCUGGGAGGAGACUGCGACUCCAGAUCUCUGAGACACUGGGCCAGUGGAGCAGCAUUUCACACCCAGAUGUUGGUUCAUCUGGCUGUUCUUGAGGGCAAAGCCGAGCCUUUAUCUGCAAGAGCGGCUCUGGAGCAAUACAAAGAAGACCUGACUCAGAUUAUACCUGCUUACAGGCGCUACAAGUCGAAUACAAUCGGUGUUGUUAAAUGUCGAGGGGGUCUUAAGGCAGCCUGUGACCCCUACGGAGAGGUUACAGAGGAGGGCGGCAUGACGGGACUCACCGUGACGGACAGAGAGGCAGGAAAGAGUGUCACCAUCCCUCUAUCCAGCAUGGAGGCAGAGGCAGCUAGACGGAGAGUCUCUGAGAGUGAAUCUACAGCCGUGUCCUCCUCAAUUAACCUGGACCUGAUCACCUCAGACCAGUACGCUCAGGCCUACCUGGACCGCCUGUUCUCUGAUAAAGGAGCCGUGGCGGAGCUGGAGAACUACUUCGCCACGGCUAGCGAGAAUCUGAAAACACUAAGAUGCUCAAACAAGAAGAUGUCGAGAAAUGGGAUCGAACAAGAUGAAGGACAGCCUCUGAAAGACCAGGCAGGAGGAACAAACGCAGAACAAAGAGCGGACGAGAUGGAAGGGAGAGCAAGACGAGGAGAGACGGAGGAAAACAAUCAGAGAGGGGAAAGUUUGAAAUUGAGUAUUGUGGAGACGCAGCCUGAAGAAAGCCUCAAUCACAGUCAUGACGGUGCAACAAGCCAAUAAAAGCACAGCGGCCAUAUCAGUCCUCUGCUGAGGAGAAACUGAAGCUUCACUCGGAAACAUGAAGUAAUUCUGAACCGGACGAUCGAUUUCAUUAAACAUGCUGUUGUCUCUUCAGCUUAUUGUAUUGAUUCUCUUGACAAGUGAACAUUAAAAGCAAAAAAAAAAAGAUGGGUGACAAA